AUGCAAAUCACCUUCAAGGUCACCAAGAACACGGCACACUCAGACCACCUCAAUUUCAGGUUCAGAAGCGACAUCAAACGAAUCAUGCGCUUCCAGAAGUACAUAGCGAUACUUUCAGAUGAUCUCUACCUGUACUCGAGGAAGGAAACGUUCAACAUACAAAACGUGGUUUACAUUGAUGACUCGUUUUUCUAUACGAGAGAAGGAAAAAAGAUUUACAGACUUGCGCACUACUACGGACGGAGAGAAGAGGUGUGCACCAAGGAUGAGUGCUGUAGCGGUGAGAUGGUGGGUGCUAUGCGCAGUGCGGGUGCUGAUGACCUGGUCUACCGCAACAGCACAAGGAUGAGCAGCAGCACCGGAAAUAGCACAGAGCUCGUGGGAAUAUACGACAAUCACCUCAUAGUAAAGAAAGGAACACGGGUCUUCUACAAAAUGAUGGUGUUUGAUGGCACGCUUGCCCAUCUCUACAAGAAGUACCUGGUGCUGGCCGGUAACGGCUUUGUUUCGCUCUACGAUUUGGAGACACACGAUGAUAACCGCAUCAGCUACCAGGUAAGACAUGGUAUCAGAACAAGGUCACUGAACCGUGACACAUUCCUAACAAUUGAUGAUAUGCUGGUGUAUGGCAGUGUGGUGGUGAGCAGGAAGUAUGCACGGGCAGCUGUCAGGGAUCUGAUGCACGAACUGAUAGCGAAUGCAAGGGACAAGGAGACAGCGUACCGGUUCUUGUAUCACAGCAAUUUUGAUCUUGAGGAACUGAACGCAGAGUUUGACAGACAUUUCGAGAAGUGUAGGGGAAUGCCGGCAGAUGAUUUUCGCCAAUUGCUUGUGCAGGUGUUCAAUUCGGACUUGGAAUGUUUUGAUAACGGUUUUGUGCAGUACGUCGAGGAACAGGGAAUAAACCUGAAGAGAAUUACAGAAAAGGUUAUUUUGGAAAGGGGCGUGAAACACGUACUUGAUGAGAUUUUCCUGGUUAUGGCGUUCUUUAAGGUAACGAAUGAUGAUUUUUUCUUUAACUUGAUGAGGCUCAGAUUUUUGUACGACAGCGGUGCGGAUGAUUCGAUCCACGGAAAUGUGCGAGCUGAGCGUUUACACGCUACGGACACUGUGCUGGCAGGUGCCUCGAUCCACGGAAAUGUGCGAGCUGAGCGUUUACACGCUACGGACACUGUGCUGGCAGGUGCCUCGAUUCACGGAAAUGCUAACACUGCGGUAAAAAUCAUGGACAUUCGGUACGAGCGGCUGUUCUUCUACGACAAAUCUGUGAACAUCAACAAAAUGGUGAAGAAGCACAGAGUUCAGAAAGACGUGGAAUGCAUCAAAAAAAUUCUGUACGAGAGUAAAAUACGCUUUGAUGCCGAUGACUUCGAAGGAAAGCGCAGGGAUGCCCAAAACAUAAGGAAACAUGCUGCGCUGGGCGAUGCUUUGGUCUACUUUCUAAGCAAAAAGAUGGGAAAGAAGAGGCUCAGUGACAAGUUGAUGAACAGAAACAUCACCAAAUUGAAUGACGUGCGCACGCUUCUCUCGAAGAAGACGUAUCCCCUCCUGUCCGUCCUUUUUGCCGACCAUGUCACGAAGAUUAGGGAGAAGUCGCAGAGAAGGGGGCCAUACAGCAACGAAAGGAGGAAAUUCUACGAUUUCUAUUACCGUCUGGUGCACACGAUCAAGUACAGCGAGACGAUCUGCACAUACACACCGAUGAAUGAUCCUUUUCUUGAGUUGGUGCUCAACGGCUUUUUGUUCAUGAACACGGACAAGCAGUGGGUGAAGAGAAAGCUGUUCCGGAAGGAGGAGUGCAAACCAGAGGAGAUUUUCAUGUCGGAGGUCCUGAGGAACUGCAUCGAUUUUGAGGAAAUCGAUGUGAACGGGCUGUUCACCGUCAAAGACAACCAAAGUAACGGCUACUACUACCGGGUGGCGGGGAGGCUGUUCUAUAUCUGCCUGUGGUUCGUGAAUUACUGCGACAGGAUCAACAAGAAAACGUUUGAGAGAACGAGCAGCGCACUCACCGACGAGGAGGAGAGAGAAAUGGUCAAGGACAAGAAGCGCAAAGAGAUCACGCAAAGCUUGCUCGGUUUCUGUUUGGAGAUGGAAGAGAAAAUGCACAGGAAGAAGAGCUUCAGGGUUGUCUUUGAUUACGCUCUGAUCGUGCUGUGUGUCAUCAAUUCAGGUACGUGUGAUCUUGACGUGCUGCGCAUCGUAAGACGGAAGAUCCUUGAGACCAAGGAUGCGAAGUUCCUGACCAACAGAACGUCGUUCUAUGUGUGCUGUGAUGAGGGCUGCUACGUAACGGGCUGCCUCGAUUACGGCCGCAUCCUGAAGUACAAGAUGUGUCUUGGUGUUCUCUGUUCCGGGCUGGGCCAUUACAAAUUAAAAGAGCGGAUGAGCACCGUGAAGUACCUGAUAAUAGCGUUUUAUCCGGUAUGGCCGGUCGCAAUGGAUGAUCACAAGGAUUACACAGAGUGCCGGUACGUGAUAUUCAAUGCGCUUGAGAAGAAGCCGAUGAUGUUUACGUACCGGGUGUUGUACGGCGAUGAGUACGACAAGAAGUAUCGGUUGGACAUUCUGAGCGAUUACUGCGAGAAGAAUGAUGAGUGUACGGAGAAGUGGGAGCACCUGGUAGAGUUGAUGUUGGAGAUGAGAUGA